GAGACGGCAAUCUUCGGCAUGGGCUGCUUCUGGGCACCGCAAGAGGCAUUCCAGGACAUGCCAGGUGUCGAGAGCGUUUUGACAGGCUACGCAAGUGUCGAGCCGCGGCUUAACCUCGAGCCUCCAUCAUAUUUUCCCGUGUGUUCCGGAGACGGCUACACUGAGGCCGUGAGGGUGACGUAUGAUCCCUCUGAGGUAAGCUAUGAGGCGCUGCUGCGUGUCUUUUGGGCCAACCACGACGCCUCGCUGACUACGCCUGGCAAGGAGGACCAGUACCGCUCCGCUCUCUGGCCAACGGACGAGGCGCAGCGCCUCCUGGCGGCCGCUGACGUCGAGCGCGCCGCCGCAGCUUACGUCGCCGCCGGCAAGGAUCCUCCCUGCACGGUCGUGGCGAAGGCGCCGCCCGCUUUCACGCCCGCCGAGCCGUACCACCAGCACUUUUGGGCUAAG